AUGGAGCACGAGGCAGCUGAAACGCAGGAACUCUGCGUACAAGCUCUUCGAAGUGUACGAAGCGCUAGUGAUGCUGAUCUUCUCGCGACGUUGAAUGAACUGGAGGCCCUGGUGCCGCACGUAGAGGGGGACAUAACACUGAUCAAUACAGCAGCAGCCCACGAGCUACUGUGCAUUAGUCUAGAUGCGAUGAAUUGUCUCCGGAUGCCGGUAGCACAGGCGGCAUUACGCCUCUUCAACAAUGGACUGCGUGAUGAGAGGCUUAUUGAUAUUUUGGCUUUCGAUGCUAACCUCAGCGUUGCCUUGGAUAUCAUGGCGGCGUGCACAUGCAAGUGCUGGAUCCUCGAUGAUUUUACUUCGGCGUCUGUCCUCGAGCUCUCUAUUAGGCUUUAUCUGAGGCUGGCUCAAAAGAACGGCGCACGCAUUUUUGUUCUUCUAGGAGAAUCGAUCUAUAGACUAGCUUCGUCGGCCCUGCGCAUUUCACUGCUGUGUCUUGGUCGGUGCCUGGUUGCCCCUGAGGGUAGGACCGAUCCUCCUUGCCUGGUAUACUGUAAAAGCAAUAACUCUUCUAUCUUCGCAGAAAAAUUAAUGAGGAGAAAUGACCUGGCACGGCGAUUUGCAUAUCAAAAGCCAGCGGUGGCAGCAGGCCAGCUAUUUUUGCUUCUGCUUGAAAACGCGGAUGGCAUCGUUUGCCAAGUUGAUGCAGAAUUGGAAGAAGUUGCGACUUGUCUGGUUGGUAGAAUUCCCUACGCAAUAACUAGCAUAUACGGCCAAAUUAUACACAAAGCGUUGCACGCAAUAUUCCCUGAAGCGCAGGGACAGAGGCGUGGGGCAGUGCCUGCGGAGGAAUUCGACUUUUACAGGAAGCUUGCAGCAUACGAGACAAAUGGUACCUGCAUGCCGCAGCCCCAAUGUUCGAAAGGGCCGUUUGCAUAUUUAUGGACUGCGCAGGCGAAACAACGAGUGGUCUAUGAUGGCAUCGCCAUCCAUAUUCGGGAAAGCAACCCAGUGAGAGGCUCAUGCGAUCCCUGGAGGCAUAACGGGAUUAACGAAAUGCGCCUCCAUAAUCAAAAGUCCAAAAUUUUCACUGUACCCCUCUAUGCGAUAACGCAUAUGCGGUACGAAGAGAAGAAGAUUAAGCUUUUUUUCAACCAGCUGCUCUCUGAAGGUAUGGAACCCUUAAUUCGAAGUUGGCGUGUACGAGAAAGAGGCCGCGGCAUUGCACACCCGUUUGGCAAAUGCGCUUCGGUUAGACGUGAGCCAGCGGCUUACCCACUAUGCUCUUUGCGCACCUGGAGUUCAAACUGGUUUUGUCACUUGGCGACGCAGGAAAUGGAAGCAUAUGAUGUAGCAUUUGUUGAAGGAGUCAUUGACGAAAUUAGAGAGCCCCUGGAUACGAACCAAGCAGAGAAGCUCUUGGCACCCUCCUCCCUUUUGUGGCCGAACACCACCAGCAAAACAAGUGAAAGACAAAAACUACACAACGGAAGGAACGGCAGGCCUCACCAGCGCAUCAUGUUUGCCUCCACUAAAGAUAUUGAUGAGGAUACCACGCAAGCCGGGUUACCUAGAAACGGGAUUGAUGAGAAUCGACCGAAUACGGCAGAUGUUCGUGAGUUGAUCUGCAACCAGAAUGGAGGCUUUGGCUCCGCCCUUCUAGACAUCCCUCUAGCGGUGCGAUGCAUAGUAUCCAUAGGCAACAGAGCGAGUGUCUUCACCCCACUUCGGAGUGCUGCUAAUGCCCCAGAGAACCACUGGGAACGAGGCCCAGACACGCUCGCAGCGUGCAACCAUGCAGAGCCCCCGCCUCCAUCAAAGUUGGCUCAGUGGCGGCGUGUCUCUUUGGCGACGACAAAGAGUUGCGAAACGGACUGUGGUGUGCUGCUGUCAGUUACGGAAUCAGAUCAGUCGUGCCACAAUAACUGGGAACCAGUAGACGAAGUGGAGAAGGCGGGAGCACUGUUGCAGCAGCAGCAGCAGCAGCAGCAGCAGAGUGAAGUCGAUGGAUGCAAGCCGAGAAGCUCGCCGCUCAAACGAUGCGAAUACACCUCUACAGAUUUCGCUCUCUCUCAGCCAACACAAAAGAGCCUGGAAACAGCGCAGCUUUCCGAAGGAGGCAAGGACAUAGAACAGCUACCAGCAGCAGGCACAAUAGGAGCUGCUGACGCAAGUGAAGUGGCAUCCGCUUCUGCUGCGUGUAACGAUCAAAUAGAAAAACUUCAGCAGCUACUGAUGCACCAAUAUCCGGAAAAAGGAAGACAAAGGCAGAGAGAAGAAGUUGCAGAAUCACGCCAUGAGAGCGAAACAGAUGAGUCUGCACCACGUUCAUCAGUAAGUAUUUUGCCUGAAGAACACAACUGCGAAAAUCUCGUUUAUUGUUCAACUGCAAUGCGAAUUCAGACAAAACACAUAAGAAAAAGGCCUAAAGGAUUCACAGAUAAAUUGGUCUUUGAUAAAUCGAACGUCCAUCCUACCGUUCGUCCUCGUUCCGCAUUGCGGCUCACCUCUUCACCCUUGCAACAUGCUCCGCCUUUCAUUUCGUCCUUUCCAAAAGAUGUAGAAGUCGAAAAUCCUAGCAGCGUCAAGUUUUUAGUCGCUCAUGGUCAGUUUUAUGCUCAAACGAAAACGUUCCAGGAACUGAUCAAGCGAAGGGUGCAAGAGACAAAGCUCUCAAAGGUUCAGGAGGCAAGGCAUGCAGUCAUAACGCUGCAACAAAAAAUUGCGAAGAAGCUGCGGACUUUGUUGGAAGUACAAAACGAAGAAAAGAACCAGUUGCAGCUUUCCUUCGAGCAGGCAAAGAACAACAUUUUGUCACGUGUUGAGCAGCAGAUCAGAGCUACAGCGGAGUUGUUGCCUUUGAGCUUCUCCGCCCCAAAGGCUUUAAACGCCGAAAAUGCUGCCGAUACUGCUAAUAAGGAGCUGCAGAGUUUGAUGGACGGAAUGAAAAGGGGAAUCUACGAUAAAUUGGCGAGGGCUACUACGGUGAGGUAA